ACCCAGCUGAUUGGCUGGGCAGCGGAGCGGAGGGACGCACCUGAUUGGCUGAGGCACGUCUGUGGUGGAAGACAGAGGCGGCGGCGGGCCUUGCCGGGCCAUGGAGGCCAGGGCGGAGGCGGGCCUGGCCGGGGAGGCCAGCGGUGGCGGGGGCCCUGGCCCGGCCGUGGAGGCCGGCGGCGGCGGGCCUGGCCUGAACGCGGAGGCCGGCAGCAGCCCGGCCAGAGACUGGGGCGGGGGGAGAGAGGCUUGUGACAGAGAUCUGCAGUGUGGUGGAGGCAUGUGCUGUGCUGUUAGUCUCUGGAUUCGAAGCCUUCGCAUGUGUACACCAAUGGGCAACUUGGGAGAAGACUGUCAUCCUUUGAGUCAUAAAAGCCAAAAAUUGACUGCUGUAUCCAGGAAACCACUGGAAAUAAUUACUCUUCCACAGGUUCCAUAUUUUGGAAGGAGAAUUCAUCGCAUCUGUCCAUGUCUACCUAACUUGGCCUGUGUCUGGAUUUCCCCUGGCAAAUACAAAUGUUUACCAGAGUUCAGAAAUGAAGAUGUCUUUUUUUAGCAAUAGCAUUAUGAAGGAUUCUGUGCCACAUCAUGUAUUAAGACCCUUAUUUGUUGUGAAUAAUGAAGCUGUUUGCCAGAGGAAAUUUUGUAACAUACUUUCUCACCUUGUAAACCAUAAUAAUACCAAGAUGCUGUAGUUAAUAUCAGCCAAGACAUUUUGUGUUGGCUGAUUAUGCAGAGUGCUUUAUAUUUUUCACAUACAAAUUAAGAUGCACUGAAGUAGGUCUGUACAUUCAGAACACAGCCCCAAUUAGUGACAUACUAAUUUGGAACACCAGCCAUCUACAACAACAUGCUAGAAGCCCCAAAAGGUACCUGUUUUUGCUGCUUACUUUGGACUGCAAAAAUAGAAAUACCAAGCAAUUGACAGACCCAAACACAUGGCUGGUGGGCUGCAUUUGGCUUGGCGAGUCACAGAUAAUGUAGGCCUAUACUAAAAAAAAUAUGAUGGUUAGCUCCGCUCUCCUAACUUCAUUCUUAAACAUGCUUAGGUCUGUCAUCUAGAAAAUGGACACCCAGAAUUAUCAAGUCAGUUUCCAUAAAUGUGACUAAAUUUCUUCUGAAUCAACUAAGUUUAAUUAAAAAUAUUUUAUAUAGCAACAUGAAACUAAAAAUAAUUGCUUAGGGUAUUAUAUUUCAGUUACACCAUUGUUGAAAUUAUUGUAUAAUUAUACAAAAUGUUACUUUAAACUUUUCAACAGUGUUUUUACAUUAUUUACAUCUGACAAUCCGCGUCAGAGUACUUUGAUUUUAAAAAUAUUAUUUAAAGAAUCGAACAAUUAUAAUACAAAUAUAAGCAGAGAAAGGAUUGGUGUUUUAUCUGGCAUAAACUAGUAGCUCAUUAGAAAACUGUAUGUUUGAAAUGUAUGUACUUUAUAUUUUUAAAAAAUCUAAAAGUCUAUUGAAUUGAGACACCUGACUUCUUGUUAUGUAAAUAUAUUGAUAUUCCUAUGUAAAAAUUCUGUAUCAGAAUAAUGACAGUAUGAUGUUUUAUUUAUUUUAAUAUUAUAUUAUAUUGUAUUACUGCUUUUGCACUAUGGCUUUUGAUUUUUAUUCCAUGAAAUUUGUGAUCUAUUAACAUUAGAAUAAUGAGAAUAUUCCCAAUAAUUGUUGUGUACAAAAAUGCACUGUUGAAUAUUUCUUUAGAAAGCUUACCAACACAUAUGAUACAAGAAGCUCCUAUAUAGAUCAAAAGACACUGACUGACACCCAGACUAACACUGCUCCGAUGUGCCAGCAUUUUCCAUUGUGCAACGGAGAGGAGCAAUUGUUAACAAUCUUCCCUUCCCUCUGCAGUCACCUGUACCUCUCAAAACUAUGUCCCUGAGAGUCCCCCAGCCCACAGGAACAUAGUUGCAAGAGGCAUGAGCAGCUGCAAUGGGAAGGAGAAACUGUAAAUCACCUCUUCCUCACACAUAAGUAAAUGCUAGCAUGAUGGUGCAGUGUUGGUCUGGAUGCCAGCCUCUAUUAAAGAUGAUGAGGAAUUUUCUAGACAUAGGCCAUUGAGAGUCAGAUGUUCAUGAAAAUUAAUGGAACUUCAUGGAAAUGUUUUAUGUUUGCCCAGUUCUUAGCUCCCCCUUUUAAAUAUAUAGUCACAGGAAGAACUAGGGAUGUGCACGAACCUGUUCAGAGGCCCUUUUACGGGCCUCUGAACAGGUUCAAACGCCAGGCGGUUCCAAGUGUUCGACGGGAGGGUAACUUUAAGGGCAGGGGAGAUGCACUCCCCCCCCGUGUUUCCCCUGCUGGUGCUCACUGAAAAACUGGUCCAGUGGGGGGACAGCAUACCUCCCUGCCACCCCAUCCACUCCUCAGAAUGGAAGUGACAGGAAGUAGCACACACACACACACACAUACUACUUCUUGUCACUUCCGGUCCGAGGAGCGUAUGGGGUGGCAGGGAGGUACACUGCCGCCCCAGCAGACCGGUUUUUCAGUGAGCGCCGGUGGGGAAAAUGCGGCCGGGGGGGGAGGUAAGUGUACCCUUCCCUGCCCUUAAAGUUAUCCCCCCACCCCACUGUCAAACCAGCCCCUGCCAGUUCUGUGCACAUCCCUAGGAAGAACAUUGAAGAGCUUUCCUCGUUAAACCAUUUUCUUUUUAUUUCCUUUGUUUUGAGAUUAGUGCAUUGAUAAUUUUAAAACAAAUUCACUAAUCAAGUGAAUAAAAUGGCUGACAUACUGCACAAGGGCAUGUCAGCCCAGUAGUGUUGUGUACAUGCAAGUUGCACAAUUGCAUAAAUGCAAAAAUUGCACAAAUGAUGUUAUACAAAAGUAAAUGGGAAAUGAUGGGCUUACUCUUGUAUAACAUCAUUUGUGCAGUUUAUGCAGUUUCACAACUUGUAUGCAUGCAACAUUAGCAAGCUUAUGUGCCCUUGCGCAAUAUGUCAGCCACUGGGGCUGUUCUCAUGAUCAGCAAAAAUUGGGCUAGGAGAGAGCCUAGCCCAAUUUUUGCUGAUCGUGUAAACCACCGGGCUUGAAGCAGUCCUAAGAUGUUCCCUUUAACUCAGGCCAAUAAGGGCCAGCUCAUAUAAAUCAACAUCAUAAAUGGAAAAGCCUUCCUUGAACUAUACCAUUGCAGGCUGCUGAUGAGAGGUUGCAUAUUAGAAUGUUACCACACACAAAAACACACAAAAACCCCUUUCUGUAAGUAGAAAAGCAACAUGUCAUGGAAAAGGCUUGGCUGAGUCCAUCACCUUUACAAGCAAGUUUUCUUCUGUGUUCAGGGUUGUAUUUUUCUUGUUGUGAGGAAGACCAGCAAACGCUUUAGCACUAGAUUCUCUUGACUGUAUACACUAACCAAAAUUAGUGAAAGAUCAAUCAGAAUUUGACAAUGAUUUCACAUUCCAGCAUACUUGAAAGCAAACAAGGCAUGCAACAGCCAGUUCAUCUCCUAAAUAUUUCUACCAAUAGAACAUUCACUCAGAUUAAAGAGAAUUAUCUGCUGUAAUUUCCUGCAUACUGGAAAUCAACGUUAGAUCAAGUUUAGUGUGAAGGACAAAGAUUUUAGAACUUGUGUUGGACAACAAACCAUAGUAGUACUGAAUAAUAACUUAAAAUUACACUCUCUGGGUUUUUCCUGUCAGUUAUGAAGCAGUCCCAAAGUGAUUUUGCUGUGGCACAUCAGGUUUAAUUGUUCAUCUUUCCUUGAAUUGUCUAUAUCUGUCAUCUUAGUGCUUGAAGAAUUGUGUUCCCUAAAUCAACCAGUUUAGUGGAUCUGUAUUUGAUAGUUAUUCAAGUAACUGAAAUUGUCUUUCCUACCACUUUACUUUAAAUAUCUGGAUAUAUGAAAUAAUGUAGUGUACCCUAACGAGGUCAUUCUUCAGCUUCUGAGAUGUAUGGUGUUUUCAACAUUCUGUGAAGAAAACCAGAAGCACCAGCCUACAAUAAACCUUAUAAAGUAGAACUGCAAUAAA